CCCUGCUGCUCUAUUUAAAUGCCAGAGUGCCGCUGUCAAAACAGAGAGAGGGGCGCAACAAUAUGAUGGACCUUUUUGAGACCAACACUUAUCUUUUCAAUGAUUUGCGCUAUUUAGAGGAAGGGGAUCAUGGACCACUGCAGCACUUGGACAUGGCGGGGGUGUCCCCUCUGUACAACGACAACGACAGCCCGCUGUCCCCGGGCCAGGACAACGUGCCGUCGGAGACCGGGGGCGAGAGCAGCGGGGAGGAGCACGUCCUUGCGCCCCCGGGUCUCCGUGCGCACUGCGAGGGCCAGUGCCUCAUGUGGGCCUGCAAGAUCUGCAAGAGAAAGUCGGCGCCCACGGACAGACGCAAGGCGGCGACGCUCCGGGAGAGGAGGAGGCUCAAGAAGAUCAACGAGGCCUUCGACGCGCUGAAGAGGAAGACGGUGGCCAACCCCAACCAGAGGCUACCCAAGGUGGAGAUUUUACGCAGCGCCAUCAGCUACAUCGAGAGGCUGCAGGACCUGCUGCAGACUCUGGACGAGCAGGAGAAAACGCAGCACGGCUCUGCUUUUAACACCAAAGAACACCGUGUGUCCAGUGAUGAGUACCACUGGAAGAAGUCCUCUGAGAGCUGGCCGACCUCUGCUGACCAUUCCACUGCAGCAAUGAACCAGAGAGAAGGAACCAGUGAAUCCUCUGCGUCCUCCAGCCUCCUCCGUCUGUCCUCCAUCGUGGACAGCAUCACCAGCGACGACAAAAUCAACUUCUCUGAGGACGUCUCGGAAAACUAAAAGAAAAAAAAACAAACCUCACUGAAGACAUAAACUAGGAAACCCUGUUGAUAAUUUUUAAAUUUCCAUUGUUUAUCACUAAAUUAUUUCCACUGUGUCCAACCAUUCUGGCUUCUGUUUGUUCUGAAGUCCUCGUUUGUACAGGAAGAGCAACAAAUUUGUACAUAUUUUAUAGCAACAUGAUGUAUUUAUUUUGUGUUCAAAAGCUAACAACUUCUUUGAAGAAAGCUGAGAUUUUAUUUAAAUAUUUGUACAGAACUGACCAGCAGAAUAAACUACACUGUUAUACUUUUGCAGUUGUCUAAA